UGAAGUUGGCGGGACGCGGGAACGCUCCGGCCCCGGAACCGCCCUCGGGUUGCCACGGGCCAUUGGGCCACCGCGCGCUCCCUUUGUGCGCUGGGAAAUUCCGGCGCUCGGGUUGCCCAAGCGGGGGGACCACCGGGCCGGGCGUGCACCCCCCCAAUCCGGAAAUGCCGAGCCUUCGUUCGGGAGGGGAAGGACCCAGAUUUCCCGGAAGGCAGCGCCUCCCCUCGGCCGGCCCCCGCCGGGCGCUAUAAGAGGCCCCACGCGCCGGGUCGCGGCCCCAGUCUGCGCCGCGCAGGGCUCCCCGCUCGCCCGCGCCUCGCCAUGAGCCCCCGCGCCCCCCGCUCCGCGCUGCCCGCGCUCCUGGCGCUGUUCGCGGCUCUGCUGCCAGGCCCUGGAGGUGCCACGCUGACCGUGGUCCCCCAGGAGGCCACAAUCCUGAGGGGCAGCAGCCUGGAGGUGAACUGCAGUGACUCCUGCUCGUCGCUGGGCCUGGAGACGCCGCUGAACAAGCAGGAGGUGGACCGGGGCGCCACGUGGAAGACGUUUCUGCUGAGUGAUGUGCAGGAGGACAGCAGCCCCAUCUGCUUCUCCAACUGUGGCCUCCGCCAGGCCUCGGGGCACGUGUCUAUCACCGUGUACUGGUUCCCAGAGACUGUCACUCUGGCAUCGCUACCCUCCUGGCAGCCGGUGGGUCAAAACUUCACUCUGAGCUGCCAGGUAGCGGGAGGGGCGCCCCGGAACAACCUCACAGCGGUGCUGCUCCGCGGGGAUGAGGAGCUGAGCCGGCAGCCUGUGCCAGGAGUUCCCAACGACGUGGUGAAGGUCACGGCCACGGUGCGGGCGCGCCGCGAGGACCACGGCGCCAAUUUCUCCUGCCGCACGGAACUGGAUCUGCGCCCCCAAGGACUGGGACUGUUCGAGAACAGCUCGGCCCCCAGGCAGCUCCGAACCUAUGUCCUGCCCGAGACCCUCCCGAGCCUUGAAGCUCCCACGCUCGUGGAAGUGGGCAGGGAGUGGCAAGUAGCCUGCACCCUGGACGGGCUGUUCCCAGUGUCAGAGGCUGAGGUCUACCUGGUGUUGGGCGAUGACCCGUUGCGUACCGUGAUCACAUACCGCGAAGACUUUAUCUCCGCACGGGCCAUGGCAAUGGCAGCCGAGGAGGGGGAGCAGCAGCUGAAAUGUACACUGACGCUGGGCACGGAGAGGCGGCAGACCUCCAAGACCUUGAUGUUCUACAGUUUCCAGACUCCCAACCUGUCCCUGAGCGCGCUGGAGGUCCCUGAAGGGACGGUGGUGAACGUGGAGUGCGAGGCCCAGCCUGGAACAUUGGUGACGCUGAACGGCGUCUCAUCUGGGACCCGGACUGCCCAACUCACGUUCAAUGCCAGUGCAGAGGACCACGGGCGGACCUUCUUAUGUUCCGCCCUACUGGAGGUUGCUGGACAGCGGCUACAGAAGAACCAGACGAAGAGGCUGAACGUCCUGUACGGCCCCCUUCUGGACCCCAGCGAUUGCCCACGGAACUGGACCUGGGACGAAGGUUCCCAUCAGACCCUGAGGUGCCGACCUCGGGGAAAUCCAAACCCCCAGCUGGAGUGUCUCCGGAAGGGAGACAAGUCUUCGCUGCCCAUUGGGGACCUCAGGCCUGUCAAGGAGGAGAUCCAGGGCACCUACGAGUGCCGGGCCACCAGCUCCCAGGGUGUGAUUACCACGGAAGUGGUCCUGAUUGUGAUCUCUAAACCUAGAAAUAAUUUGCCCAUCAUCAUCACGUUGACAGUUCUGGUACUCCUGGCCAUUGUGAUCGGAAUAGCAUACUGGGUUAACCGACAGCGGAAGAUCAGGGAAUACAAGCUCCAGAAGGCCCAGCAAGAGGCAGCCUUGAAGCAGAAAUUGGCGGCCACACCCCCCUGAACCCGCCCAGGGCCACGGGUCGCCCGCUCAGCCCCCAGCACGGUGGCCCGGAACUGAAAUGAAUAGUAGAGGGCAGACACAACCCCCUCCCGAAGAUCUCUGGGGCAGGAGAAAGACCUUCGUGGGAACGCAGACAGCACUUGGGAACACACGGAGGAACCUCGGACUUCACACCCACUGCAAACCCAGGACUGGGCCACGAGAAGGGGACAGGACUUGGGGGUGACCAAACUACACCUGGCCAGUCACACAUCCGGGAGCCAUAUGCCUCCAAUAAUGGGGACUCCCCAGGCAGGCAAGCGAGUAGAUUGAUACUCAUCCCUCUUACACGUGCCCGGAUCCUUCGGGUCUAAGGAAAUGGCUCCGGGCCAGUUCAAGCAGUACCAAAACACAAAUCCCUGUUCCUUCCUCUUGACUGAUGCCUGCUGUCCCCUCUCUCUGACUCCCGAUGACAUAUUUAUUCAUUUGUUCUUUUCCUAGCUAUUUAUUGUCUUCGGGGUGGGCUAGCACAGUCAGCAGGAGGAACUUAGCUUCCUUCCCCCGGUCUAAUCUUGUUUUGGGUUGUCAGGCACAGUGGUCCAGGCUGUGCACCGCACAAGGGGACCGGCCCAAAGAUGGUGGGUUGGAAUUCCCAUGGUUGGCCAAGGUGCCGCGCCUUAGGAGCUGAGCCACGGUGACAUGGUUGAGCUGGUGACAUCUGCAGAUCAACUGCUGGGCCCUAAUUCUCCCCCAGGCCCCCAGGACACCACCUCACCACUCUCUGCCACAUCUCUGCUACGGUUCUAUUUUUUUUUUUUUUUUUGCUUUUUUGGGUCACACCCGGCAUUGCACAGGGGUUACUCCUGGCUCAUGCACUCAGGAAUUAUACCUGGCAGUGCUCGGGCGACCAUAUGGGAUGCUGGGAAUUAAACCCGGGUUGGCCGCGUGCAAGGCGAACCCCUACCUGCUGUGCUAUCACUCCAGCCCCCCUGAAUUUUUUUAACUACUUUAUUUUUUGGUUUUUGGACAACACCUGGAGAUGCUCAGAGCUGACUCCUCCUGGCUUUGUGCUCAAGGAUCACUCCUGGUGGGCUAUGGGGGACCCUGCAGGGUACCUGAGCUAGAACCUGGGUUGGCUGCUUUGAAGGUGACCAAUCAGGCCUACUUAUUUAU